AUGGAACAAGACUUGGUCACUGCUACUCAUAAUUUUCACAAGAAUGAGCAAGAAAACAAAAUAUCUGUGGAAGGAAACAGUGUGCACUGGGAAAUGCCUAGCUUGCCGUUUUAUGAGAGUGGAAACGAUGAUGUUUUCACCGAGAUAAGUCACUUGGCUCGUUGCAUCUUUCCAGAGCCAAGUGUGUUAAUCCAUGUAGCAGAGCAGUACAUGCUAUUACCUUACCUAGAAGAUGGAUCAGCUACCAGUGAUGAUGUCAAGUCUGAUGAUGGUGAGGACAAAAGGAAUAACCUCGAUAAACAUGACUUGUUUAUGGCUUUCAAUCAGUCAAGAUCAGAAAAGUUGGAAGCAACAGAGGAAUCUGAAGAUUUUGACCCACAGCUUUUUAUAAGAAAUCAACCGGAACUUUCGGAGGUCGUAUCCAGUUAUUUCCUUGAAAUGCAGCCUAAGAAGCCUGUAACCCUUGUUCUUGAUUUGGAUGGUAUGUUUCUCUUCAGUUAA